GACACUUAAAACAAGAAGUCUUUUCAACACACACAGACCAAGAUCAGAUGUCUUCCGUGGCUGGGCUUGCUGGUCUCUACAUCAUGAAAAACGGCUAUCUAAGGUUGCUUCCAGGAUUCUUGAUUCUGCUGUUUUUGCCAUCAGAAGCCACAUCCUUGAACAAGAAACCCUGUGCUUGGUGGUGCGAUCCAAACCCCCCAUGCAUCAACAUCGAUGCCUGCCGCUGCAUUCCUGGAUUCAGUUCUGCAACUGAGGACAGCUCCACCAGCCCCUUGAAGAGUUGCCAUGACAUCAACAAGUGUGAAUCAUCAUGGAACGAGUCCUAUGAAAUAUACGAAGACUGCCAGAACAACACAGUCCAAUGCAUAGGAAUCACAACUCUUUCUCAAAAAGAAUUUGAGAAUGAGUGUACUAAGAAAAUGACUGAACUCGAACUACUACUGCUGGAGACAAUAAACACUGCAGCCCAGAAGCUUAGAACCUCUAUCACAACAAGUUGUGCUCAGUGGUGCCCUCCAAACUCCAAAUGUGUUGAUGCCAACACCUGUCGCUGCAUUCCAGGAUUCACGUCUUCAACUGGGGAAGUCAUCACCAGCCACUCAGAGACUUGUGAUGAGAUCUCCAUCCACACCUGGACCGCACCCUCAAGUAUCAACAGCUCGACGCUCUCCUGCUUCUUCGACAGAGUCCAGAAUCUUCUUGAAAGCAUGGAGUCAGUCCCUGUCCAGGACACUAUCCAGAACCUCAUACAGGGGGUGGAUGAAAUGCUGGAGGCCCCCCGGGACCUGGAAACCCUGCCCAGCUCAGAGCAGCACCUUGUGGCCUCUAACCUGCUCACUGGACUGGAAACGGUCUUGAGAGGACUGAGCAGGUCCCUGGACAAUGAGUCACUGCACUUCAGUUCACCUUCAGGCACAGAAAUGUCACUGAAGGCACUGGAUAAAGAAGAUAAGAAUGUCACCUUGAUUCAGAAUAACAUAAAGAUGAUACUGAUCUGGGAUACAGUGCAUGAAUCUAAUGACUCAGGUCCCAUGGUGGUGGGCCUUGUCUCCAUGCCUGGGAUUGAAAAGUUGCUGGAUAGAGUCUCCCUGAUUGUGGAUACUGAGGAACAGGCAGUUCCACAUGAGACACACAGGGAAUUGCUGCAGGAAAAGCCCCCUAUCCUGCUGUCAGAUGUCAUAUCCGUUUUCAUCAGCAACAGUAACACACAGAACCUCAGUUCUUCAGUCAAAUUUGUCUUCAAACAUUCAAGGACCCCUGAAACAAAGGGGGAGGUGCACUGUGUCUUCUGGGAGCAGGGCCAGAAUGGAAGUGGCCACUGGGCAACCAGAGGCUGCAGGACGAUGGACAGCAGAGACGACAGCACCACCUGCCAAUGCACCCACUUCAGCAGCUUUGCUGUCCUCAUGGCCUACUACAAUGAGCAGGAGGAGGAUCCCACACUGACUGUGAUCACCUACGUGGGACUGAGCCUUUCUCUGCUGUGCCUCCUCCUGGCGGCCCUCACCUUCCUGCUAUGCAAAGCCAUCCAGAACACCAGCACCUCGCUACACUUGCAACUCUCACUCUGCCUCUUCCUGGCCCACCUGCUCUUCCUGACAGCCAUCGACAGAACUGAGAACAAGGUGCUGUGUACCAUCAUCGCAGGUGCCUUACACUAUCUCUACCUGGCCUCCUUCACCUGGAUGCUGCUGGAGGGUCUGCAGCUCUUCCUCACUGCCCGCAACCUGACGGUGGUCAACUACUCCAGUGUCAACAGGUUCAUGAAGAAACUCACGUUCCCAGUGGGCUACGGAGUCCCGGCUGUGAUUGUGGCCAUUUCUUCUGCAUCCAGGCCUCAUCUUUACGGAACACCCAAACGAUGCUGGCUCAGCACAGAAAAAGGAUUUGUAUGGACAUUUCUUGGCCCUGUCUGCACCAUCUUCUUUAUUAAUUUAGUUUUCUUCCUGAUAACAUUCUGGAUUGUGAAAAAGAAGCUCUCCUCACUCAACAGUGAUGUGUCUACUCUCCGGAAGACUAGGAUGCUAACAUUCAAAGCCACAGCUCAGCUCUUUAUCUUGGGAUGUACAUGGUGUCUGGGAAUCCUGCAGGUGGGACCAGCUCCACAAGUCAUGGCCUACCUCUUCACCAUCAUCAACAGUCUGCAGGGUUUCUUCAUCUUCCUGGUGUACUGCCUCCUCAGCCAGCAGGUGCAAGAGCAAUACAAGAUAUGGUUCAAAGGGAUCAAGAAAAAGAAAACUGAGUCUGAGGAGUACACACUCUCCAGCAGGGCCAUGUCGGAACCCUCUAAACACAGUGAGGCCAUUUGAAGGCACGGUGAGGAUGCAACCACGUGAAAGCCAGAAAGAGUGCUCUCACCAAAACCCAACUGUUUUGGCACCUGAUCUCAGGCUUCCAUCCUCCAGAAAUGUGAGAAAUAAAUUUCUGUUAAUUAGGCUGCCCAAUCUCUUAUAUUUUGUUACAGCAUCCCAAGCUGACUAAUGCAAUAUGUAGCAACCGCUUGAUGAAUGACUGAGCAACAUCCCUUAGACAAAUUCCCCAAGGGUUCUUCAAUUCCAAAGCAAUGUAUAUUUCCAUAUUAGUCUCUGCCCUUAGAUGAGGAGAUAAUAUAUGGUGUAAGGCAAUAAUAUUAUGUGUGCCCUGAUUCUGAUUUGACCCCUGGGAGAGGUUUCUUUGUUUUCUCAGAGCUAUGCUUCAGGAAGAAUUGUCUCCUGUAGUAGAAUGUCACCCAUGUAAAUCAUCUCUCCCCAGCUAGUCAGGGGAGCUGAAGGCAUGUGUACAGAGUUGGUUUUACCUAGAGUCCAAGUUUACGCUUCCUCCAGACUUUAGGCCAACCCUGAAAAGAUAAGAUGUCUUCCAUUAUGUGCUAGAAAUUGCUAUCAAGAGGAAACAAAAGCUACUCUAGUGAAAAUGGUUUAAGACACAGGUAGACUGGCCACUCAGAGAAGACCUUUCAGGAUGUCCAUUGUUUUCACUUGUCAUCCUUCAAAGUCUUUCAAAACUCUUUUUAAGGCAAUGUCCUCACAAAUAUUUGCAUAAAAGAUAUAUGAUAUCUCCCUCUCCUCUGAAGAAUCCCUCGUGCUUCAUAUUCAGUAUAUCCUAAGCCCCUUCUUUGGCACAGGCACAACUGAUCUGAUUAGAAUCACCUUAGCAUUGGUUUUGACUAUGGUAUAACUUCAUAGAAAUUGCUUCUAUUAUGGGAACUUUCUGGCAUUAUCCAUUCAUAAUAGAUUUUUGGAAUUCAUUUAAAUUUUCAUUUGUAUCUGUGGUUGGUUUCUUUUUAUUGCUUAGUAGAUUUCAUUGUAUGAAUAUACUACAACUUUUUUAUAAUUAUGUAUCAGUGGAUAUUUCAGUUUUUCCUCCAUUUUGUCUACUAUGAAUAAACUUGUUAUAAAUGUUUGUGACUAAG